GGCUCACCGCACGCCCCCCGCCCCCGGGCGCGUCGUGCUCGCUCGCUCGCUCGCUCUCCCCACCGGAGCCUGUGGCGAGGCACCGGCGGAGGGCUUUUUUUCCCUCAGAGUUUUUGACUCCGUAGUCCCCUGAAUGGCUGCCGGGCGUUGAAACGGUUUAAACGAGAGAGAGAGGCAGAGACACAGGCAGAGGGAGAAGCAGGCUCCAUGCAGGGAGCCCAACGCGGGACUAGAUCCCAGGACUUCAGGAUCGUGCCAUGGGCCAAAGGCAGGCGCUAAACCGCUGAGCCACCCAGGGAUCCCCCUGAGUUUUUUUUUUUCUUCAUUUUAUUUACUUCUCUCUGCUUGCAUAUCUUCUCACCUGAACACUUAAGAGAAACAACUGUUCAUGCAUGGUGCACGACCAACUCUUGUGAUCACUGACCUGCCAUAGCUUUAUGGGUAUAGUCUUGCACCUAAAGAAGAAAGAAAUGGCUUGUGUUGAGUAUUCUUUUCAUGUGCCAAGUCUUGAGGAGCUUGUCGUAGUUCUGCAGAAGGGGCUAAAGGGUAACUUUGCUGAUGUCCAGGUCUCUGUGGUUGAUUGCCCUGAUCUGACUAAGGAGCCAUUUACCUUUCCUGUAAAAGGCAUCUGUGGGAAAACUAGAAUUGCAGAAGUAGGAGGUGUGCCUUACUUAUUGCCUCUUGUAAAUAAAGAAAAAGUUUAUGAUCUAAAUAAGAUUGCAAAAGAAAUCAAGCUUCCUGGAGCUUUUAUUCUUGGAGCAGGAGCAGGCCCAUUUCAGACUCUUGGGUUCAACGCUGAGUUUAUGCCAGUUAUUCAAAUAGGAAGUGAACAUAAACCUGCAAUGAAUGGAAGUUACUUUGCCCAUAUUAACCCUGCAGAUGGAGGGUGCCUGCUAGAGAAAUACAGUGAGAAAUACCAUGAUUUUGGGUGUGCAUUACUGGCUAAUCUUUUUGCCAGUGAGGGCCAACCUGGAAAGGUCAUUGAGGUGAAAGCCAAAAGAAGAACUGGAAAACUUAACUUCGUGACUUGUAUGAGACAGACUCUUGAAAAACAUUAUGGAGAUAAACCUGUAGGGAUGGGAGGGACUUUCGUAAUUGAGAAGGGAAAAGCAAAGACUCACAUAAUGCCUGCAGAAUUUUCUUCCUGCCCAUUGAACUCUGAUGAAGAGGUGAAUAAAUGGUUGCACUUUUAUGAGAUGAGAGCUCCUUUGGUUUGUCUGCCAGUUUUUGUCUCCAAAGACCCGGGGUUUGAUUUGCGUUUGGAGCACACUCACUGUUUUAGUCAUCAUGGGGAAGGUGGACACUACCAUCAAGAUACAACCCCAGACACAGUGGAAUAUCUUGGAUACUUCUUGCCUGCAGAGUUUCUGUAUCGCAUUGAUCAACCAAAAGAGACUCAUUUAUUUGGCCGAGAUUAAAUCAAAUGAAAGAGAAAUAAUUCACUAAGGUUAACUUAUUACUCACCAAUUGAUGCUAAUAUAAAACUCAAUAGAAAUUAUCUCACUACUGAAAUUCCAUUUUUCUGGCCUUUAACUGGAAGGUAUGUUGACAUUUAUACUCUGUAUUAUUUCAUGGAUAUAUCUUAGAAGUUAUUGGGAACAAAGAUACAUAAUGAAAAUGUUCUUCGUUUUUAUUCUUUAAUAACAGCAAAAUCAGUUUUAUGUUUAUACCUUAAAUAAAAACAUAGUCAGGAAUUGUGAUUAUUCCUACCAUCUACUGGUAAUCACUUACAUUAUUAAAUUCUUCAAAUUAGUCUCAAACUCCCAAGUGGAUGUUUCUGGGUAUUAGAAAAAUCAGGGUUGCAAAUGUUGAUAGUUGUUGAAUCUUAGUACUGAACUUUAAAAAAUCCAUUUCAGAAAUCAGAGUAUACUCUUUUUCAUGGAAUAAGGUGGGCAAAGGAAGCAACUUUACCCCUUUUGGUGGGGCUGAAUCAUACUCAGAAGUUUGCAGUUUGCCUUUCACAAACAUUGGCAACUAGGGAGUUAGCCAUGAUGCCUCCUUUGUUCGGCUUACCAAUUGGAAGCAUUGUACCAUAUCAAUUAUUUGCCAGAAGUAAAGGGAAAAGAAACAGCAUCAAAAUACAGCACUGAAAUGAGUAUACUUUAAUUUAUAAGUGAGGUUAUUGCUAAACAUAAUCGUCCUUUGUAAAAUAAAAAGUUAUGUUCUUUUACUGAUGGUAAUUGUUGAAAUUUUCCUGAAUAUUUGUCUAUAAUAAUCAUUAGCCAGAAAUCUACUGUCUAAUCUUAAUCUUGCUAAUGCCAACCUUGUGUAGAUUUAGUAACAAAAUUUAGUUUUAAUACUAAACAUAUACUAAAUCUUCAAAAAAAUGUGUUUUGAUUAUCUUCUUUGGAUAUUACCUAUAACAGGACCUGUGAAUAUAAAUUCCUAAAUGUUAUUUUUAAAUAAGCCUCAAUUUGAAAAUAAAAAUUUUAUAUGCACA